UGCCUGGGGAGGCUGCCCGCGCCGAGCUGCUGCUGCCCGAGGCGGACCGACCCGGGCCCCGCACAGAUGAGAAAGCUGAGGUGCAAGAGAUGUUGUCCUGGUCACCAGUGAGUGCGGGAGAGCAGGAGCCACCAGGCAGGCAUCUGCAGCCUGGAGAGCUGGCCCCUGUGUGCCGCCGCUCCCCCACCUUGGGCAAGACCUGGCCUGGGCUCUGAAGGGCCUUCAUUGGAUGCUUCAAACAGAGGUGCCUUUGGCCUAGGUCCAAAUGAGGGAGUGGACAUAAUGGAGACAUUUAAAAUAAGGCUUAUGAGCAUUUAGAGCACACAGGAAAAUGCUUAUGAGAUUAGGUUGGGUGAAAACAGCUAGAUUCAAAACUGAAUGUGCAAUGUGAUCUCGCCUGUGAUAAAAUACAGGCCAGUAAGAGUCCAGGAGGCAGAAAACCAUAGCGGUCUGGUGUGCUGCAACCUCGGAGGGGUUUUCUUCCAUCUUCCUGAGUCCCCUAAGUCCUUUCUGACCCAUGAGGGCUACUUCCUACGGACUCCUUUCUCAGCUGGAGGUGUGUUAGCUCACAGACGUUUACUGAGUACCAGAGCCUCCUCAUACUGAAGCCUGCCCAGGGGGUUGGGGGAGUGCAUCAUGGGACCCAGAGAAGGCCCACAGGGCAGGGUGGGAACUCCCAGCACCCGGGAAGGAACUGGUGGUCACCCAUGGGGUGGCUGCCACCAAGGAGAGGACUCAGCCAGAGGCUGCUGUUGGCCCCCUGAAGCUGUCCUGUGCUCUUGCUGGGCUCCAUGGUCUCCGUUCCUGCCCACCACUGCCCUUGUGGCCAGAUGCUCCAGCAAAGCCUCCACGGGACACUUCAUCUCUGUUCUCCAGAAACUUGGCUGCGUGUGGUGGCCCCUGGCUUCCCCAUCUCCCUGGCUGCAGGAGGGGAGCAGGGUCGGAGGGGCCUGGUGAAACCCUGACAUGUUGGCCUCAAGUGUAGGUAGCAAGGACAGCAGAGAGAGGAGGCAGAGCGAGGCAUGAAGCCCAGAGUGUUCGAGCUGCGCGCAUCGUGCUGGUGCCGCCUGCCUCAUGUGGAGCAUCUAUUGGGAGGUCAUGGGAUGGGGCUGGCCCUGCCCGGCAGAUUCCCACCACCAGCCCCUCCCACUGAGCCCAGCUGAACCACACUGAUUCUGUGGAAUGGAAACUGCAAUCCAGUCUCCCCAGAGAGGCUGAAAUGCUAGUUCUUUGCUGAGGUGUCCUUGAGAAAAGCCACCGGGCAGGUCUGUUCAUGACUCCCAGCAACACUUCCCUCAAAACCCCUCUCUAGGAAACCACUAGCAGCUGCUCUCUGCUGUCAAAACUCCUGGAAGUUCUCCCUCAAACGCAGCGUGCACAGGGUCUUCUCUUUUCUCUCCUGCCUUCCUGGAUCCACCUUCCUCUGGGCCCUAUGCAGCCGGAAUUCAUCUCCCCGGGCCUGGCCCUUGCCUAGGAGAUGCAUCCAGGGGCACCUCAUGAUCUUCUCUAUCUCCACAGAUCUGUCCUGCGAUGCGGCCGCUGCCACCACCAUCCUGGGAGGGGACCGGCGGGAGCCCUGUGCUCUGACCCCAGGGCCCAGCCACCUGGCCCUCACGUUCCUGCCCAGCAAGCCGGGUGCCCGGCCCCAGCCCGAGGGAGCCAGCUGGGAUGCAGGGCCUGGUGGGGCACCCUCGGCCUGGGCGGACCCAGGGGAGGGCGGCCCAAGCCCCAUGCUCCUCCCUGAGGGUCUGUCUUCCCAGGCUCUGUCCACAGAGGCUCCUCUCCCGGCCACCCUGGAGCCCCGGAUUGUGAUGGGAGAGGAGACGUGCCAGGCCCUCCUGUCACCCAGGGCUGCCCGGACAGCGCUCAGGGACCGGGAGGGUGGGCACGCAAGCCCAGACCCACCCCCCGAGCUGUGUUCUCAGGGUGAUCUUUCUGUGCCUUCCCCUCCCCCAGACCCUGAUUCCUUCUUCACGCCUCCCUCCACCCCCACCAAGACCACCUAUGCCCUGCUUCCUGGCUGUGGGCCCCACGGGGACGCCAGGGACUCAGAGGCUGAGCUGCGGGAUGAGCUGCUGGACUCGCCCCCCGCCUCACCCUCGGGCUCCUACAUCACGGCCGAUGGGGACAGCUGGGCCUCUUCACCCUCCUGUUCCCUCAGCCUGCUGGCUCCGGCUGAAGGGCUGGACUUCCCCUCAGGCUGGGGCCUGUCCCCGCGGGGGUCCAUGGUGGAUGAACGAGAGCUGCACCCUGCAGGGACCCCAGAGCCCCCGUCCUCUGAGUCCAGCCUCUCUGCAGACAGCAGCUCCUCCUGGGGCCAGGAGGGCCACUUCUUCGACCUGGACUUCCUGGCCAAUGACCCGAUGAUCCCCGCAGCCCUCCUACCCUUCCAGGGCAGCCUCAUCUUUCAGGUGGAGGCAGUGGAGGUGACACCGCUAUCCCCAGAGGAAGAAGAAGAGGAGGCUGUGGCGGAUCCCGACCCAGGUGGGGACCUGGCUGGGGAGGGUGAGGAGGACAGCACGUCCGCCUCCUUCCUGCAGUCACUGUCUGACCUGUCCAUCACGGAGGGCAUGGACGAGGCUUUUGCCUUCCGGGACGACACCUCUGCAGCCUCCUCUGAUUCAGACUCAGCCUCCUACGCAGAGGCAGAUGAUGAGAGGCUGUACAGCGGGGAGCCCCAUGCCCAGGCCACCUUGCUCCAGGACAGUGUCCAGAAGACAGAGGAGGAGAGCAGAGGUGGGGCCAAGGGGCUGCAGGCUCAGGAAGGGACUGUGUCCUGGGCCCUGGAGGCUGCUCCUCAGACCUCAGACAGAGGGGCCUAUCUGUCCCAGAGACAGGAAUUGAUCUCAGAAGUAACAGAAGAGGGCCUUGCUUUAGGCCAGGAGUCCACUGCCACUGUGACCCCUCACACUCUGCAGGUAGCCCCAGGCCUCCAGGUGGAGGUGGCUACCAGAGUGACCCCACAGGCUGGGGAGGAAGAAGCAGACUCCACCGCUGGACAAGAAUCUGCUGCCAUGGCAAUGCCUCAGCCCUCCCAGGAGGGCAUCAGCGAGAUCUUAGGCCAAGAGUCUGUCACUGCAGAAAAACUUCCAACUCCACAGGAAGAAACAAGCCUCAUAUUGUGUCCAGACUCUCCUCAGAACUUGAAGGAAGAAGGAGGGCUGGACCUCCCCUCUGGCGGAAAGCCUGUAGCUGCAGCCAUGAUUGUCCCCAGGCAGGCUGAAGAGGACCUCACCUUACCCCAGGACUCCGCUAUGACACCGCCUCUGCCCCUACAAGACACAGAUCUCUCGUCAGCCCCAAAACCUGUGGCUGCAGCCACACUUGUGUCCCAGGAGGCUGAAGAGGGCCUCACCUUACCCCAGGACUCCGCUACGACACCGCCUCUGCCCCUACAAGACACAGAUCUCUCGUCAGCCCCAAAGCCUGUGGCUGCAGCCACGCUUGUGCCCCAGCAGGCUGAAGAGGGCCUCACCUUACCCCAGGACUCCGCUACGACACCGCCUCUGCCCCUACAAGACACAGAUCUCUCGUCAGCCCCAAAACCUGUGGCUGCAGCCACGCUUGUGUCCCAGGAGGCUGAAGAGGGCCUCACCUUACCCCAGGACUCCGCUACGACACCGCCUCUGCCCCUACAAGACACAGAUCUCUCGUCAGCCCCAAAACCUGUGGCUGCAGCCACGCUUGUGUCCCAGCAGGCUGAAGAGGGCCUCACCUUACCCCAGGACUCCGCUACGACACCGCCUCUGCCCCUACAAGACACAGAUCUCUCGUCAGCCCCAAAGCCUGUGGCUGCAGCCACGCUUGUGCCCCAGCAGGCUGAAGAGGGCCUCACCUUACCCCAGGACUCCGCUACGACACCGCCUCUGCCCCUACAAGACACAGAUCUCUCGUCAGCCCCAAAGCCUGUGGCUGCAGCCACGCUUGUGUCCCAGCAGGCUGAAGAGGGCCUCACCUUACCCCAGGACUCCGCUACGACACCGCCUCUGCCCCUACAAGACACAGAUCUCUCGUCAGCCCCAAAGCCUGUGGCUGCAGCCACGCUUGUGCCCCAGCAGGCUGAAGAGGGCCUCACCUUACCCCAGGACUCCGCUACGACACCGCCUCUGCCCCUACAAGACACAGAUCUCUCGUCAGCCCCAAAACCUGUGGCUGCAGCCACGCUUGUGCCCCAGGAGGCUGAAGAGGGCCUCACCUUACCCCAGGACUCCGCUACGACACCGCCUCUGCCCCUACAAGACACAGAUCUCUCGUCAGCCCCAAAGCCUGUGGCUGCAGCCACGCUUGUGCCCCAGCAGGCUGAAGAGGGCCUCACCUUACCCCAGGACUCCGCUAUGACAGCACCUCUGCCUCUGCAAGACACAGGCCCCACCUCAGGUCCAGAGCCUCUGGCCACCCCUCAAACCUUGCAGGCAGAAGCAGGCUGCGCCCCAGGGACAGAGCCUGUGGCCACCAUGGCUCAGCAGGAAGUAGGUGCGGCCUUAGGCCCCAGGCCAGCACCUGAGGAGAAGAAUGCAGCCCUCCCUACAGUCCCGGAGCCUGCAGCCUUGGACCAGGUCCAACAGGAUGACCCACAGCCAGCUACAGAAGCUGGGACACCUUGGGCCGCACAGGAAGAUGCGGAUUCCACUUUGGGCAUGGAGGCCCUCAGUCUCCCUGAGCCGGCCUCUGGUGCUGGGGAGGAAAUAGCAGAAGCCCUUUCUAGGCCUGGACGGGAAGCAUGUCUGGAAGCGCAAGCGCACACAGGUGAUGGGGCUAAGCCUGACUCGCCCCAAAAGGAGACCCUGGAGGUUGAGAACCAGCAGGAAGGAGGCCUCAAGCCACUGGCACAGGAACAUGGACCCAGGUCAGCACUUGGAGGUGCAGGGGAGGUCCCCGAGGCGCCUCCUGCUGCCUGCCCUGAGGUCAGCCAGGCCCGGCUCCUGAGCCCAGCCAGGGAGGAAAGAGGCCUGAGUGGCAAGUCCACCCCGGAGCCCACGCUUCCCUCAGCUGUGGCCACAGAGGCCAGUCUGGACUCCUGCCCAGAGUCUUCAGUAGGGGCUGUGUCCAGGCUGGACAGAGGCUGCCCUGACGCGCCUGCCCUUACAUCUGCACCAACCUCCCAGCAGCCGGAGCCUGUGCUGGGAGGCUGCCCUGAUGCGCCUGCCCCCACGUCUGCACCAACCUCCCAGCAGCCGGAGCCUGUACUGGGUCUGGGCAGUGUUGAGCAACCCCACAAAGUACCCAGUGUCCUUGGCACCCCCUUGCUGCAGCCCCCAGAAAACCUUGCCAAGGGUCAGCCCAGCACGCCCGCGGACAGGCUCCUGGGCCCUGACCCUUCUGCUCCUGGUACCCUUGCUGAGGCAGCCCUACCCCCACUGGAGCCCCCAGCCCCCUGCCUGUGCCAGGACCCCCAGGAAGACUCUGUGGAAGACGAGGAGCCCCCAGGCUCUCUGGGCCUCCCACCGCCCCAGGCAGGAGCCCAGCCUGCCGCUGCUGCUGUCUCAGGAACCACACAGCCUCUGGGGACUGGGCCGCGAGUCAGCCUCUCGCCUCACUCCCCACUCCUCAGCCCCAAGGUGGCCUCCAUGGAUGCCAAAGACCUGGCCUUGCAGAUCUUGCCGCCUUGCCAAGUGCCUCCUCCCUCUGGGUCCCAGAGCCCAGCUGGCCCUCAAGGGCUCUCGGCCCCUGAGCAGCAAGAGGAUGAGGACAGCCUGGAGGAAGACUCGCCUCGGGCCCUGGGCUCGGGCCAGCAUUCGGAUAGCCACGGGGAGUCGUCAGCCGAGCUGGACGAGCAGGACAUCUUGGCUCCUCAGACCGUGCAGUGUCCAGCCCAGGCCCCAGCAGGCGGCAGUGAGGAGACCAUCGCCAAAGCCAAGCAGAGUCGCAGUGAGAAGAAAGCCCGAAAGGCAAUGUCAAAGCUGGGCUUGCGGCAGAUUCAGGGAGUCACCAGGAUCACCAUCCAGAAGUCCAAGAACAUCCUCUUUGUCAUCGCCAAGCCUGAUGUCUUCAAGAGCCCAGCCUCAGACACUUAUGUGGUCUUUGGCGAGGCCAAGAUUGAGGACCUGUCCCAGCAAGUGCACAAAGCCGCAGCUGAGAAGUUUAAGGUGCCCUCAGAGCCCUCAGCCUUGGUCCCUGAGUCAGCACCCAGGCCCCGGGUGAGGCUGGAGUGCAAGGAAGAGGAAGAGGAGGAGGAGGAAGAGGUGGACGAGGCAGGGCUGGAACUGCGUGACAUUGAGCUGGUGAUGGCGCAGGCCAAUGUGUCCAGGGCCAAGGCCGUGCGGGCUCUGAGAGACAACCACAGUGACAUCGUCAACGCCAUCAUGGAACUGACCAUGUAGCCACUGACCGGAAGCUGGAGCCAUCCUACGCCUUCCCUCAGCUCUGCUACUCAAUAAAUCGGUGUCCCUUCA